AGGAGUGGAUACCAGUACUAUGAAUAUUCAAAAAAUGAGAAUGAUCAUCAGCCACCUACCUUAUUAUUUCUAGGUCAUAAUGUCUAGACUCUAGACAUAAGUCGCAACAAAAUAAAAUGCAACAAAAAUGAGAGUUAAAUUCAAGUGUUAUUCGGCGGUCGAUGUGGACCGAAAGAAAGGCAUAUGCGCUUGACCACUGGCUCAGGCGAGCGGUGAGGACGCAAGGGCGCCGUGCGUCUUGCCGAAAUUAUUCGGGGGCCGCUGCACAAUCGAUUUUUCCCGCCCGAUGCGGAAAAUUCUUCAGGGCGGGGCGGGUGUGCGACGAGAGGAGGGGGCGAACGAGGGGGGCGCAGCGCCAGGGGGGCAGGCGGAGUGCAGCGGGGCGGUGCAACGCGCGCCGCUGUCCCGGCCGUCGGGCAGACAGUAGGACGGCGACGCCACUGUGAGUCGGUGACCACGGCGCGAGGAGCGCGCUCGCCGCACUGUGACAUGUAGCGCGGCCGCCGCGCCGCAGCCCUGCGACUCCACCGCCGGUGGCGGCGCGCCGAUGCGCCUGCCGUCCGGCCCGAGCCCAACUCCCGCGCCGCGACACCCACGCACGCGAUACGCGCCUCAACCGCAACGCACCGGCGCUUUCACUGUUACACCUGAAGCGAGCCCUUCAGCCCGUCUGUAUUGACGACUGUCGUCGGAUGGAACCCGGAGUGCGCCGAUUCGCAUCAAGCGGCGGGAGCUAGCUCAGACAUGGGAAGUGAGCACUAUUGCCUAAGGUGGAACAAUCAUCAGAGCAACCUUCUGGGUGUAUUCAGCCAGUUGCUACACGACGAAAGCUUAGUGGACGUAACUCUCGCUUGCUCGGAAGGCGCCUCCAUUAGGGCUCACAAGGUAGUACUGUCAGCGUGCUCAUCAUACUUUCGUUCGCUUUUCGUGGACCAUCCGUCGCGUCACCCCAUAGUGAUUUUGAAGGACGUGGGCUUAGAGGAGCUGAGGACUCUGGUCGACUUCAUGUACAAAGGCGAAGUCAACGUUCAAUACUGUCAACUACCAGCGCUAUUGAAAACUGCUGAGAGCCUUCAAGUCAAAGGACUAGCAGAAAUGACUACUUUAAGCGCAGCUGGCAUCGACACAAGAAACGUUCCGGAACCAAUGGAGGAGUGCCAAUCACAAGACACUGAGUGUCAAGAACAGUCCGACAAAUUAGAAAAGAGAGAAACUCGAGAAACAAAAGAAGAAAGACGAGAUUCCAAAGAACCAAGAGACAUGAGAGAAAGGGAUAACAAAGACAGUCGUGAGUUAAGAGACAGUCAUUUACGGGAAGCCCGCGACGCAAGAGAUUCCCGGGAGCAGAGAGAGCAAAGAGAACUUCGUUCUGUUGAUAUACGAGAUUCACGGGAAAUCCGCGAUAUAAGAGAAUCAAGGGAGCCACGUGAAAUAAGGGAUCAUAGAGAAUCCCGAGAAUCUAGAGAUAUUAGGGAGUCACGUGAAUUACGAGACUUUAGAGAUACUCGGGAUCCAAGAGAGCCACCUGAAGCUUCGCCCCCUAGAAUAUCUCCUUUACUUUCUGUUCGGAGGUUUCGACCAGAGGUUUCAGCUGAAACACCAACUACGACGCAUCCUCCUUUACCAAAAGAUGAACCCCCUGACGAACCAAUGCGAGCAUCUUCGCCAGAGGAAGAUACUGUUUCAGUAAGAUCCAAUGGCGCUCAAAAUGAAAGCAUUGGUAUCAAUAUGACAAUAAACAGUCACAGCAGUGUGCUAGGCCCAAGAUAUUCACCUGUGGAGCAGAGAUUAAGCGUCUUAAAUGCCAUGCCUCACCCAGGUCUCCCACAUCCUCACCCUACGUUGUCUAGCCCUAGAAGAGAACCCAUUGCUGGGCCUUCAGGGCUACCACCGAUUCAACAAGUUCCAUUGUCUCUGAAAAAAGAAGUAGACUGGGAUAGGAGUAAUGAAGACAAAGGCGGAGGAGAGUCUUCAUCGGAGUACAGAUUGCAGCAUGAAUCAGAGUACGAAGGGUCCGGUAGGGGGAGAAUUGAGGAAGGGGAGAGGGGUUACCCUUGCAUACACUGCGGUGCUGUGUUUCCUCAUCAGAGCAAAUUGGCCAGGCAUAUUCUGACAACGCAUACGCUGGACACGCUCAAGUACCGAGAUGCGAUACUCGGCCGGCAGAUGGGGCUUCCUAUGAUCGGACAAUACAAUGAACCAACGUACAUAAGUAUGCCCACGGAGGAAUCCCCUAUAGAUUUGGACAUCGGGCCCGUGGAAGCUGGUAAUGUAGUGCUGUGCAAGUUUUGCGGCAAGAGUUUCCCUGAUGUUUCGUCUUUAAUAGCACAUCUGCCGGUCCACACUGGCGACAGGCCGUUCAAAUGUGAAUUUUGUGGAAAAGCAUUUAAAUUAAGACAUCAUAUGAAGGACCAUUGUAGAGUGCAUACAGGUGAACGGCCGUUUCGUUGUGUGUUGUGUGGUAAGACUUUCUCUCGGUCGACGAUUUUAAAGGCCCACGAAAAGACUCAUUAUCCAAAGUACGCUCGGAAGUUCCUGUCACCGAGCCCGGUCGACACUGAAGAGGAGAGCCCUCACCAAUGAGUCGGAGAGAGUUCCAACCGACACUUAGCCAACUAUAUCUUAGCCGAUAGUACAAGCUACAUCUGGACAUAGUCACCAAACGGUCAGCGGAAAGUGAUUGUCGUGAACAAAAGGAGGACAAUAUGUUGUAAUUAGUUAAGAAUGUGAUUUAAAACGCCGCAACUGUGAUCUGAAUGAUAUGAAUAAUAUUUGAUAUUUCACUAAUAGAUAAUUGACGCAUUAAGUUUGUCACACCUGGGUUGACUUCUAAAUGAAUACUAAGUUUCUUCUAUUGUUUGCUUCUUGUUAAGGUUUUUGGAAAUAGGUGCUUUCUUUACGCUUUAGAUUAUAAAAUAAAACUCAUUCCUAUGAGUCCCUUAACGGCAUAGCCAAAGUUAGCUAGAGAAGUUAAACUUCAUUUGUUAUGUUUAGUUGAAAAUUAGAUUGGCGAAGAAGCCUCUUCUUUGAUUUGCUUAUUUUAAUGUGCCUGUUAUGUCAAAGGUGUGUAUUGUCGUUGUGUUAUUGAGCCUUCGUAGAAGUUUGAUUGCCAUUUCAAAGCUUUUUUUAUUAUACUAAAAUUAAAAAUCUGCAAAAUAUUGUUCAUCCGGCGGAACAGAUAUUUGUUUUAUUUUUGGAUCACAGAAUACUUAACUAAGAAAUCAGUUAAUGAAAACAAAAAAUACAUGUUUCGGAAAAAAUAUGAAUAACAAUCAAAAUCGCUUUUCUCUUGACAUAUCAAAAAUUCAGUUACGUCGUAUUUUUUAAAUUCUACACCCGCAAUUAGUAGACAAGAAAAUGGCAAGUUUUUAAAUUUCGUACCUGUUUCGUCUGGUGAGCUAUAUUGAUUAAAUGCAGACUUAUAUGUGGAGAUUUGAGCAUUUAGUAUUGUAGAUUCAUCUCGAGAGUUCAUUUUCAUAGAACCAAAUUAAAAAAUAAUAAAGAGUGCUUUUAUUAUUAUUAUUAGAGACCACACGAAAAUAAUGCACUCGAUAUAGUUCAUAAUGAUUCAAAAAGUUAGGAUUUGAAAUUUAUACUUAUUUAACGUCUUUCAAAGUUACGACGCACGCUCCCCUGAGGUAAUUCAAAAGCAAUAUUAUGACAUAUAAAUGUAAAUAAUAUAUAGUUUGAUAAUAUUGGAUUUUUAGGAGAAUUAUUAGUAUGUAAAUGCUUUGGUAGUAAUGUAUUCGGGUAACACGGGGAGAGGUGUGGAUGUGUGAUCAUAGAAAUCAAAGCUUUAAAGCCGUUUAAGUUCUGUCCGAAAACUAUGCCUCUUAUUCCACACAUAAUGGAUCAUUUUCAUCGGUCGGUUAGUGGUUCAAAGUGAUCGCCAUCUGUCAAAAUAGAACUAACGAAUGAUGAAAAAUAAAAGAAUUUUAUAAUUCUUUGAAUAUGUCGCAGGAUUUUGAUCAAAAUCCUAGGAUUCGGUCAGAAUUCGGAGUAUGACAAGAUUACAUUUUCAUUUUAUCAUAAUUUUGAUAAAAUAUCUCGCAACACAAACGAGUAGCUCGGUGGCGUAGAGGAUAAGCGCCGCGGCCCGCGAUCGUAGUCAUUGAGCAACUUUCGCAAGGGUCGGUCACGGGAUGGGUGAUCAAAAAAUUAUUAUCUCGAGCUACUCCGUGCUUCGGAAGGCACGUUAAGCCGUUGGUGCCGGCUGCAUUUGCAGUCGUUAAUACCCUCCUAUCCGCAUUGGGCCAGCGUGGAGGGUCAUGGCCCAUCCUCCUUAACCAUCCAUAAGGAAGGCCUGAGCCCCUGCAGUGGGGACGUAAAAGGGCUGGUGAUGAUGAUGAUGAUCUCGCAUCGCGGUCGCAUGUAUGAUCUAAACGUUAUUAUUGUGACUAAAAUCAACUAAAAUGUGGUGUUGCUCAUUCUAAGGUCAGCUUUGAUAUUUUUUUUACGGAUAUUGAAGUUUUUGUUAUGUGAACUGAACAAAACUUCCUGUAUGAUUCCAUAUUAUAGGUCACGUGAUAAGUUUGAAAUUUAAGAAGCGUAUAGUUCGAGGUUAUUUUUUUCAGACCACAGAAUUACAUAACGCUAACUUUAAAACAACCUAUUUCAGAAAAUGAUUAAAUAUCGGAGUUUAUUAUAUUCUGCCUUUAAUUUAUAAUUACUUAAAAAAGUUAUAGCCAAUAUAAAUUUUACGAUAUAUAACAUACUCCUAAACGAGUUUAGGUUUUUGAUUAACAAACAAGGUUUGUUCAGAAUUAUGAUAAUUAAAAAUAUGUAAUUUUAUCAUACUCCGGAAUUUGAUAAAAAAUCUGUCUUUAUCAUAGUCCUAGAACGUAUACAAACAAAUGAACCAUCUGACGCAUGUACGAUCAAUGGAAGGUGUAAAGAAAAUUCGUUUCGUCCGCCUCCCUCGGCUUUGACAGAUAUGCGAUCACCAUUAUGGACCAAUAAAAUGACCUCAUAGAUAAAUGUAAAUGAGCCAUAACGUAAUACUUAUCGGAAGCACAUUUCAAAGCCUUUUAUUUCAUUAGGAUUCAAGGGGCAUAGCUGCACAUUUAUAUAGUAUUUAUAUAAAACUUUUUAUCUAUUUUCAUACUACAAAUAAUAUUGUUUAACCGUGUCAAAUGCUUUGUAUUUUUAAUAGGCAAAGAUGUACGUACAUAUAGCAAAAAUAACAGCUUCGGGGUACGAGUAAUGCUUAUUCAUCAAUCGUACAAAGCAUUUGAAAGUUAUCACAACUGCUGUGUUCGGUAAAUUCAACAGAGUCAAAUACAGGGAUAUUUUUAUGAAUUUUGGUUUCGCAUUGAUCCUAUUUUCAUGUCUACUGGGUAGAUAUUAGAGUUGGUUUUACAAUUAGCACAGUGUGUUCAGUAGUAUAAUGUUUAUUUAUUUUAUCAUCACAAAUGACAAUUAAAAUCUAAAGCUUUGAUUUGGAACUGAUUGGAUGUUGGCUCAUUGUAGUUUGUAAGUUAACUUUGAUAAAUUUAUUUGGUUUCUUGCUAAUUUUGAUUUGUCUACGGUACUCUCUGGCUGGUAAUCCUCUAUUUAGGAAUAUUAAUCGCAAGUAAUAAUAUAUUAAUGUUAAUAUUUUGAGACGUAAAAUUAAUUACACUAGUCGGUAGAAACUGAACAUUUCAUAAUCUUUAGUACAUAUCAUAUUUUCUAUCUUACCAAAUAGUAUUAUUUAUACGAAUUUGUUU